AUGGUUAGUCGCGGCUCUUAUACCGACGAGGUCGUUCAUACUGCGGUCAUAUGUCAUGAAAUGCAGUUAAGUGAACAUUUACUGAAAGCCAUGCAGGUAUUUGCAAUGUUCAUGGAGAUGACGAGAGAAGAGAUUGAGUUCCUUCAAGAGCCUGGCAAGGACACACCAUUGGAUGGACUGCUCAGGUGUUUCACGGAGACCACCCGAAUCACUUGUGUAAUUGAGGAAUUUGAUCAAUCGAAUCGUGAGAUUUGCCAAUCUCUGUUGGACAGCUGCAUAGCCUUGGAGAAAUUACACGAGGGACUUUAUCCAAAAAUCCAUCAAGGUGUCCAUGCAGAUCCUCCUACGUACCAGGCAGGUGAUCUAGACACCGAAUUUCCAGCGACAGACAAUAUAUUUGGUCCUGCAUACCGAUUCUCUUCUCUGGAUGAUGCUAGGUUGCAUAUGUUCUUCUGGCUAUCACUAUCCUUCUUCUAUCCGGUGUUUUAUAAAUGCCAGAUACUUGUGAUGGAAAGUCAGCCCGGUUUUGUACCUACAGUUUUACAGGGGAAACGCUGGCAAAGUGAUGAACAUCGACUAUCUGAGCUGUACGCUUAUAAAGUCGCUAGGUCUUUCCCCUACUGUGGGCAAAAGGGUAUGGGCACAUGUGGCUUAUAUUAUGGACUACAAUGCACAAUUCAAAUAUCACGGACAUGCCCUCACGUUAGGAACUGGGAAGGAUUUGUGUGGGCCACAGCGUUCUUGAACACAUUGAGAAAUUAG